AUGUCGACUGUAGGAGAUGCAGUGAUCAAGGGCGCUGUUGGAGCUGCUGGCUUCCUUGCGAGUGCCUAUACGCUCACAAAGUUCAUCGUAGCAACUCCCGUGGAAACUGCACCACGUGGUGAGGCUGAGCACGAUAUGGACGUUGUAUUGUGUUUCAAUACAAAAGAAUUUGCACAGGAGGCGGUGGAAUUUUUUGUGCAAAUGGUGGAGAAGCAAAGUCAUCUGCUGAUUGUCCCAAAGCCAAAGAACGUACUGGAAAAGCACGAAGAAGUAGACGAGAAACACAAGAAUACUGGACUUGAUGAGAGAUAUUAUUUACUAGGAGGUACACACGCUACCUUGGUGGCUAUUAAGGAAAAGAAGGAGCGUGUAUUGUAUGGUCAAGUCAGCGACGAGUCUACGCCUGAACGCUUUUGUUCUGGAGACAGGAUUGAUCUUCUUCUCUUUGAACUAGGGCGUUUGAAAGUACACCCGUCUUCUUAUCGCCUUACUGAAAGUGAUGAGAUAGAGAAGACAACGGAAAACGAUGUGGUGAACAUACCUGAACCAUUUCAGGACGAGGAGCAUGGAUCACUUUUGCAACAAGCGAUGCAUUCUACGCUAUUGACGGACCACUUUCCAUUGCAUGACGACAAGGAACGGAGUGAGUUGAUUGAAGAGUGGGUGAAAAAGUGGUCAAAGCCGCAACCUAUCAACACUGUGCGAUCGUACUUUGGAGACGAGGUGGGAUUUUAUUUUGGCUUUCUCGGAAUGUACACACAGUGGCUCGUACCAUUGGCAGCAGUCGCUUUAUUGACGUUUGUGAUUGAUUUUUACCCGGGUUGGGCUGCCUAUGGUCGUGGAUUGUAUUCACUCUUGGUAACAAGUUGGGCAACAGCUUUUUUAAAGUUUUGGAAGCGCCGCGAGAGCACGUUACGCCACGAGUGGAGUAUUUCUGCUUCUGAUGCAGUGACCCUGGAACCUACUCGCAUAGAAUUCAUUGGUGUAAAACGAUUUGAUCCGGUUGAAGGGUGCUAUUACACCUACUUUUCGUCCAAGGACCGUGCAAAACGCUAUUUCGUGACGAUAUCAGCGACAAUAGCUGCAAUGGUUGUGGUCACCUUUCUCAUGGUGCUCUAUUGCUGGAUGGAGGAAUGGUUUGCUGUUGCAUUUAUACCUGCUAAAGGGUGGGAUGGUAUCUACGAAUACAUCUAUCUUUUGCCUUCCAUCAUCUACUCAGUCGUGGUGCUUUAUGUGGAUGCAAAGUAUUCCGAGCUUGCAUCUGACUUAACGCAGUACGAAAACCACCGCACUGAGAGUGAUUUUGCGAAUGCGCGUGUGCUAAAGCUAGCGUUGUUUUACUUUGUAAACAACUUUGGCUUUCUGUUCUACGUAGCAUUUAAAUCUCGCGAUAUGGCUCUGUUGGAACAAACUCUGAGCUCGCUACUGAUCACGCGACAGCUUUUGGGAAAUUUGCAAGAGCAACUUAUGCCCUAUAUGAGCAAACAAUCGUCACUUAAGGCUGAAGAAGGAAGGUUGGUGCAUGAAACCCACAACACUGACGCUAUAUUUAAUAAGGUUGACGCAGAGCUGCUUUUCCCUACCUAUGAUGGCACAUUUGAUGAUUACUUGGAGAUGUUUGUGCAGUUUGGGCAAGUAACACUGUUUGCAGCGGCAUACCCUCUUGCCUCACUUUGGAGCCUGUGCAACAACGUUAUGGAGAUUCGAAGUGACGGCUUCAAACUUUGCGUGAGUUUUCGUCGAUGCCAUCGAACUUCUACCCAAGGCAUUGGUACAUGGUAUUAUGCCUUUAGUGCGCUAGGCUACCUGUCAGUAAUGACAAACUGCGCGAUUUUCGGGCUGCAUUCGGGAUUUCUGAACAGGCUUUUUCCAAAAAUGUCAUUUGCCGGGCUGUUGGUGGUAGUCGCUAUGAUGGAACACGCUAUGGUGGCCGUCAAGAUGUGCGUGGAAAUGUUCGUACCGGACAAGACUGCUGCUGUAGUUGAAGCGCAGCGUAUAAAGCGUGCUUGGCUCCGCAAGAAGGCCUCUCUUCAAGUAGAACUGUCGUCUCGCCAAUUGUUACAGUCUCGUGCGUCUUUGGAUGGCAAGAAUGAAGGAGAGCAUGUGUCUAUAUUGCAAGAAACAGAUGCCGUUACGGAUGUGAAGGAGUGGCUGAGUCAUGAAAAGGAGCGUCGAGUGAAGCUGGAGCGUGAAUUGAAGAUUCUAAAUGAAUUGUACAUGGGUUGGAUCCGUGAGGAACAAAUGAAGCGAAAGAAAACCGAGGACAAGUUGGCGCAACUGAUGGAGAAAGUAAAGGAAGACCCGUUACAUUAUAUGAAUGCACCCAAGGAGAAGGAAGAUGUCAAUGAACACCUGUGGGAUUAA